UUUCUCUUCAAGUUCAAUCACAGACUUCAAUUCCGCUUCUAAAGCACUCAACGCGUCUUUCACCAUGCAUCGGUGACUUCGAGGAUCGAAUGGUGCGCGAAUGGAUCUCGUUGAAGCCCACGCUGCAUUAUCUCCAGCAGCCAGGGAUGCCGUCCGACACCACCAGUCUCUCAACCCGGAACGAAAACAGCGAAUAGCCCCCCAUCGAUCUCUAGAAACCCCUAACAAUGUCUCACCUGUCUGCAACAUGUCUCGAUCACAGCGUAUAUCUCAAUCCCCCUCACUCGUCUCACCUCCCAUCCUCCAACCUUGAACCCACCCGCUAACGAUGUCAGUCCUCGUCCAAGUGCAAGUAAACUCCCUCCUCCCAAACGAUCAACCCCAAUUCGAGCGGUACCUGGCGUACAAACACGCUCCGACGGUGCCCGUGAGCGCGGUUAGGAUUCUCGACCCAGAUGACCCCAAGAACAACAAGCUACCGAGGGUGAUUCACGUCAAAAAGAGCAUACGCGACGAAGACGGGCGGGCUGUUUUCCAGAGGUAUAUCGCGUUUGAGGAUACGCAGGAUGAACCUAUUGGGUCUGUCAAGAUCCUCCAACCCGACGAGGAGGCCGAUGACGAAGACGUUGGAAAGGAGGUUCACAUCCCCGAAUUCGAGGAUAAGGAAGAGGACGAGGCUGAUCAACAGGGUUCCGAGGAAGACUCAGAAACCGAUGCAGACGCUGAAGGCUCGGUAGACGAAGAGGAGGAAGAUGAACUCGACGAGGACGAGCUGGCUGCCUUCGAGGAUGACGAUGACGAUGACACACUCGCCGGCGCACUAGGAAUCGACCCAGGGAUCUUGACCCUGCUCGCCAGUAUCGAAGCUCGGGAUCCUCAUUUAGGAAUCGCUAUGCGCGACUACCUCGUACCCGGCGGCCGGUUCUACGGAAGUAGAGCGCAGCCUGCUACAGCACGUCCGACAGAUGUGGAACCUUUGGCAGGAGUAAAACGAAAACAGCCAGACCCUUGA